AUGCAGCUCACAAUAGUUAGCGCAGUGGACGACCGCAUAUUCAGCGUCGAGAUCGAUCCAAACGAGACUGUGGACACUCUGAAGGCCAUCCUGGAGGCCGACAGCGGCAUACCCUCGGCGCAGCAGCACCUGCUGCUCGGCGAUGCCCAGCUCACCAGCGGCCAGGCGCUCGCCGCGGCCGGCGCGGCAGACGGGGCUAUGAUCAUGCUCCUGCCCGCGCCCGCCGCGGGUGGCGGCGGCGGCGGCGCGCGCGCGGGGCAGGGGCAGGGGCAGCAGCAGCAGCGGCAGCAGCAGCAGCAGCAGCAGCGGGCCGACCCGAUGCUGGACCUCAACCCAGACGGCACCGCCAAGAGCCCGGCCGCGUUCAUCCAGGCGCUCAAGGGCAACGCGGCGCAGCUGGCGGCGCUGCAGGCGCACAACCCAGCGCUGGCCAGGGCUGUGAGGGAUGAGGACGUGGUCGCCCUCCAG